AUGACGCCAUCUCUCUACACUGCCGACUAUGGCGACUGCCUAGGCAAGAGCGCCAUCAACGUUACACGGUUCGACGCAGCCUACUACAAAGACAACAUGACCAUCAUCUUUCACCUGGAAGGCGAGACUGGGCUCCGAAGAGAAGACAUUAUGAUGAAUAUCGGCGUUUAUGCGUACGGCGAGAGUCGAUUCGACCUGACCUUCAACCCUUGCGACGCCAACAUACUCAGCGCUUGCCCCGUCAAAGCCGGCGUUCCCAUCGAGGCGGCGGGCAUCAUACCAAUCAAUCAAGACGACGUCGCAGGGAUCCCAGAGAUUGCGUUGAGCAUUCCCGACUUCGAAGGCCAGGCCAUCCUGCGACUGUUCUCCAACUCCACACAGAACGAGGUGGGCACAACGCUAGGGCUAUUCACUCUCAUAGCCGUCGUUUCCUCCUUCGCUACAGCCGCCUACGGAUCCAACAUCGUCGACAUGCGCAAGCAUUACGCCCACUCGCUGUCAGUGUCUGUGGUCUUCGCGGUAUGGCACCACAUAUUAUACAGCGGGGCGUUAUCAGUGAACUGGCCGAGCGUCCUCGUGGCCUUCUGGAGCAACUAUGCCUGGGCUGGGGGUAUGAUCUACUCCGAGUCAAUGCAGAACACGAUCAACGAUUUCAUCGGCUCGAACAAAGGAAAUACAUCGCAUGUCGGCGCCGCAGGUACGGGCGAAAGCAAUCCUCAUCUUGGAGGAGGGGUCGACAUCCACCAAAUAUACAAACGAGACGCUAUUCCUCAAGAUCUGAAGUUCCAAGCUGCCCUAGCCAAGCGCCAUCUCGUCGAUGUGAAUAGCGGAUUCAAAUAUUACGGGCUGCCCGUAAAGCCUGGACUGCCACUUCCGGGCAACUAUUCUGGAUUUGCUGGUACCCUUGCGACGGAACACAUCCCGGCAAGCAACGCCUUCAUGACCGGACUGCUCUGGUUCUUAAUCUUGAUCGCAUGUGGUGUUGUCUCUGUACUCUCACUGAAAGCUGUCCUCGAAGGCUUGAGUAGCAUACGCGUUGUCAGAAAGGACCGCCUCGCCUUUUUCCGAAGCCAUUACCUUGCCUUUGCUCUGUCGACCAUCCUGCGGACAAUCUUCAUCGGAUUUUACAUGCUGACAUUCCUGGCCAUGUUCCAGUUCUCCUACCUCGCUCUUUCCGGUCCUGUUGCAGUCGCUUGUGCUGCCUUCUUCGUCGUAGUAUUUGGCAUAGGCAGCAUCGCCGCCUACGCUUGUUUCUCCAGACUUCGAAUUGGCAAGUAUGCCUCGGAACCCGAUCGACUAAACGUAGUCAAACGAAGAUUGCACAAGAUCAUCCCAUGGUUCAGCAUUUCCAGAAACAGCAAAAAUCCGCGCUCCGAAGACGAGACCUACAUCGGUUCAAUUCCUUGGUGGACGAUACACGCUACGGCGGAUACCACAUCAAUCCAUGAUGACGAGCGGUACACAACAAAAUUUGGUUGGUUGGCCUCUCGCUACAGGAGGACUCGUUGGUGGUUCUUUGUCGUCUGGCUGUUCUACGAAUUCCUUCGGGCAUGCUUCCUUGCCGGCGCAUCGACUCAGCCCUUCGUCCAGGUCUUCGGUCUACUUGUCGUUGAGAUUGUUGCCUUCAUCGCCUUCACUAUCCUUCGCCCCUUCGAAGGACAGCGCCUGAACGUUUUGGCCGUGUAUCUUCUCGGCUUUAGCAAGAUUACUACUACAGGUCUUUCGGCAGCCUUUGAUACACGGUUUGGAAUCGCUCGUAUCCCUACAACCGUUAUCGGCAUCAUCAUAAUCGUCAUUCAAGGUCUCUUGACGGUGGCUGUGAUGGUUUUGAUCCUGGUCGGCGCUGUCUCAAGCUACCUGUCCAUCUUGCGGAACCGCGAACAAAUGGCGCCGUUGAGCUGGAACCCGAUGCGUGAGAAGUACUUUGCGCAUAUCGAUCUCGCAGUGCAAGACACUCCGCGACCACGUGCGGUGUCGAUUAACUCGAUGCCAGAGUUGCCGAAGACACCGUACUUUGAAGUGCGACAUGUGAAGCGGAUAGCCAAGGUUGAGGACGAGGAUGACGAGUUCAUGCGAGAGAUGGACAGCGAUCAUGCGACACCGGCCCGCCCAACGGCACAGGAGUGCAACUCUCCAGUCGCAAGCAUCUUACUCAAGUCUACCCAAGGCGGCUCGCCUGCAUCGCCCCAACUGGAACAGACACGGGUACAGCGAUUCGAUGAGUCCCGGACGCCACAGGGCUUUGAGCGAAGCUCAUAUGAAGACUCCCAAGCAAAGUCAUGA